CAGUAGAGCCUCGAUAAUUCGUACUCAGGCUAAUCCGAACGUCGCUAUAAUCCGAACUGCAUACCCCACCCCACUUCCUCGCCUUCGCCUCGCUGCUAUGUUGUUUAUUAAUUAGUCUGCAGUUACGACUGCCACGUUGCGCGUCCAUUCCACGUUUUUCUGCUCUGUACUCGUGCGCGGCGUGUUUUUUGAGGUUAUAAAGAUGGUUCCAACACCAAAACGCAAACAUAAAACUUUGACUAUAGCCGAAAAGUGCACCAUACUAGACAGUUUAAAGGACGGAGUGUCGGCAACUUCUCUUGCUUGUAAGUAUGGCGUUGGAAAAUCAACAAUUACAGACCUCAAGAAAAAUGAGCAAAAAUUGAGAUCUUUUAUAGCUAAAACUGAGAAAGGACCAGGGUUCAGAAAAACUCUAAAAUUACCAGAGAAUCCAGUGCUAGAAGAAGCACUGUUCACAUGGUUUUUAGAACAAAGACGACGCCACAUUCCAUUGUCUGGUGAGGUCGUAAUGGAAAAAGCGAGAUUCUUCCAUAAAAAACUAACAGGUUCGGAUUUUUCUGCUAGUAGAGGAUGGCUUGAUAAUUUUAAAAAACGUCAUGGCAAACGUCAGCUGAAAGUGUCAGGUGAGAAAGUCUCUAGCAAUACGGAAGCUGUUCAACCAUUCCAAGAAAAAUUCCUAAACGAGAUAAAAGAAAAGAACCUUUGCCCUGAACAAAUUUACAAUGCCGACGAAUCAGGAUUGUUUUGGAAGGUUCUGCCGGAUAAAACUUUAGCCUCUUCUGCUGAAACUAGCGCUCCUGGGUCGAAAGUGUCUAAAGAGCGAAUAACUUUUAUGCCUUGCGCAAACUCUACAGGGAAUCACAAAUUACCAUUGCUAGUUGUGGGGAAGGCAAAAAAGCCAAGAUCUUUUGGAUCUGUAAAAUUACCAGUGCAUUAUGAAGGGCAGAGGCGUGCUUGGGUAACCAGAGAUAUUUUUCUCGAGUGGUUUAGAGGCCAUUUUGUUCCUGAAGUCAAACGCCAUUUAAAAAAAAUGGGACUGCCACAAAAAGCAUUGCUACUCUUAGACAAUGCCCCUGGACAUCCAAAUGCUGAAGAUUUGACAACAGAAGACGGCAACUUCUCUGUACUGUACAUGCCUCCAAAUUGUACGCCUUUGAUCCAACCUAUGGAUCAAAACGUAAUCCAAAAUGUCAAGAUAAAUUACAAAAAGAAACUCCUGAUUCAAAUGUUCGUGCAGCAAGAAGCCGAUGAGGCUUUAACCUUGCAUGAUGUUAUAAAAAGCGUCACAAUUAAAGACGCCAUUUUUUCGCUAGCGCAAUGUUGGGAUCAUGUAUCAUCGUCUCUUAUCGAAAAAUCUUGGAAGCCUCUUUGGCCUGAAAAAAUAAAUUCAACAGAAGAUAGAUCAGAAGAAAAUGAUGACUUCGACGUAGAAGACGAUCUCCCGCUCAGUAUUUUACGUAAUCGUGGUUAUACAGAAGAAACCAUUUCCACUUUCUUGUCCAUGAGUGAAGAGGAGAAUUGCACAGAUCCUAUAACUGAUGAUGAGAUCAUAACCCAAAUAACGCAAGAGAAUGACGAGUCUUUAGCUGAAGAUUAUUUUGCUUCAAAUGUCAAGAAAAUUACUCAUUCACAAGCCAUAUCAUCUUUGAACACUUGCUUGGAGUGGGCUGAAGAAAAUGACCUGUCCUUAUCGGAAAAGAUGAUGCUACGUAACUUGAGGGACAAAGAUUUUUUCUGGUCCAUCAACAGGACUCGCCAAACUAAAAUAGAUCAGUUUAUGACUAAAUAG